AAGCUUAGACUAAUACGCGUGGCCUCAACGUUGUACUGGCGAGAGGGAGUCCUGCUUUCAUCACCCGAGAAAGCUUUCCAGCAAAGCAAUUAGGAUUCUAAAAGCUUAAUUAGGGCUGCAGUUUACAAUCUCUCAUUUUCUCGUACCCAGGAAUCUUUUUUAUAAUCAAUCUAUAAAAUUAAGAUAAUAAUGGUCGUCUCUUAGCUAGUCAAUCCCCAUAAAGCGAAGCUAGAUCCUUCCCCUCCUUUUGUAGUAUCCGGAAAUGGCAACGGACGAUUCUCUGACCAAUCUCCCCACCAGCCACCUACUUGGCUCGGUCCCGGCUGUGGUAACUGAAGCAAAGAGCACCAGUUCCCAGGGAGCUCCUGGAGCAAAUUUGCAAAUAUUUCCUCCAAAUAAUGGUGGAAACAACUGGCGUGGUUAUCAAACUCUUGGAGGUCAAAGUGAAGCUGAUGGAGAACAAUCAGUAAACGAAUCAGCAAACAACUGGAAAGGAUUCUUUAGCAUCUCCUCAUAUACACAGUAUUUCAAUGUAGAUACAGACAUUGUCUUGAACAGAAUCCUGAGCUCAUUUUAUCCAAGCAGCGGGGAUUUUUUUAGCAAGAUUGAUGCCAAUCCAGAUUUGUAUGGCCUCAUCUGGAUCUCCACCACGUUGAUUUUUGUCAUUGCCUCCCUUGGUAAUUGUGCCACUUAUCUGAUGCACAAGAGAACUGAUAGCACUACAGCUUGGAGUUUUGAUGUCAGCUAUGUCAAUGUGGCUACAUUUGCCAUCUAUGGUUAUGCACUCCUUGUGCCUCUGGGAUUUUAUUUUUUGCUUCAGUACAUGGGUUCAAAUGCCAGCCUAGUACGCUUUUGGUGCUUGUGGGGAUAUUCCCUUUUCAUUUUCAUUCUCAGCUCUUUUUUGUUGAUUAUUCCAAAUGAAUUUCUUCGCUGGAUUGUGAUACUACUGAGUGGUGCGGCAUCAGCUGGCUUUGUUGCCCUGAAUCUCAAAUCUUACAUACCAACAAAUGAUAUGACUUUUGUGUCAGUAGCUGCAUUUGUUCUGCAAAUAGGUCUUGCAAUCUUCCUCAAGAUGUGGUUCUUCCCUUGAGUAAACUUUGACAUGGGCAGUCUCCGCUCAGUUUGCUGCUCACGGUUGUUUUAGUUGCUGUACUUGGGCAAGUAUUCCUCAGGGCGAUGAUUUUGUCGUUUAGAGAUGUUGUAUCUUCAGUUUGGCUGUAGUUUGGCCUGGAGAGGUGUUCGUUCAGAUUGUUUAACUGGGGUGGAUGUGCCGUUGUGAGCGAGAUUAACAAGCACCAUUAGAGUUGGGCAUUUUGCUCCGUGGUCAGUACAUUGAACAUGUAGGAGAGUUGUAGGUGGUGGAUGUAUUAGAAGAACCGGACUUUACUUACCUUUGUGUUUCUCCAACUUUUCUUGAUUUGCCGCUAAUAUCUGUAUAUGUUCCUGUAAAUGGACAAUUCAAGUCA